AUGAAUAAAGAAAUCAGUGAUGAUUUAAAAGCAUCAAAUUUACUACACUUGCAAUGCGACGGCUGGACUGAUGUUUGCAAUGAAGGCAUUAUACAUUUUUUAAUAUCCAAGCCAGAACCUGUUUUUAUAAAAAGUCUGAACACACUUCAUAAUCGGCAUACAAGCAUUGAACUAAAUCAGGCGGAAGAAACUGAAGCCAUGGAAUUAAUCUAUAACCUCGCUGAGCAUUGCAACAUUGACUGUCUUGCUGACCUGGCUAAAUAUAAAGCUAAAGAAGGUCUUUGGAGCAAACCAUUUACUUGGAAGGCCGCUGAGAAAGUAAAUCCCAUUUUAUGGUGGAAGGGGAUAUGUGGCUCAAGUGAAAACAUUCAUCGUGUUUACAGUGAAGAUAUUGUUCCAGAAAGGUCCGACAUGGAAGACACAGAUUAUGAUAUGUUGCACGAUGCUGCCAUGGAGGGGCACAUGCAAAAGGAUACGGAAUCUUCUCUCAGGGAGGAUAUAUGGGAAGAUAUGGAACCAGUAGCUUCAACUUCACAACAAAUAGCGAAUGUGAUGAUACCGACAGCGAAUUCUGAAGGAAGUUGGGCACAAAGACACAAAGAGCACCGCAAGUAUUAUAAAUUCUACUUGCAGUGCCCUCCAGAUAUUUUCCAACAAAUCAGUAAACUGAGGAAGCAAUUGGUGAAACUCGGAACACCUCUCGAGAAUCGAGUCGUUGAAGGAUAA